CAGAACUCCCGUGACUUAACCUGAUUCCUCCGUUUUCUUCUCCCUCUUCCCCUUUCCUUUAUUAUUUAUUUUCUUCCCCUCUGUGGGCACCUAGCUCCCUUGCAGUGCUCCUCUUUCUUAGUAUUUGACUGGCUCCUCCUCCCACCUCCCCCUACUACUACCUUCUACCUCCAUUACUACUACUACUACUACUACUACCACCUCCUGCCUAUAUACACCCCUCCUGCUCUCCUUCUCAGUCAUGUGAAACCCAGAGUGACCAGAUGGAUGGUUGUGUCAGUGGUCACUACCAUGUUGGGAUCAUGCCUGCCAGCUGGCUACUGUAUUGGAGUCAUUAACACACCACAGGAAAUAAUCAGAAGUUGGGUGAAGAGUGUCAUACUAGAGAAGUAUAAUUCAGAACUAUCGCUUACUCAGGAGGUGUCACUCUGGUCUGUGAUUGUAGCAAUAUUUGUAGCAGGAGCUACUAUAGGCUCAUCAUUUGGUGCCGGACUUGCUGAUAGAAUUGGAAGGCGUGCUAGCUUACUGGUAAACCACUGGCUGUGCAUCUGUUCUGCUUUAUUGCUGAUGUGCUGUAAAAUGAUGGGCUCAGUAGAGAUGCUAAUCAUUGGACGCUUCACAUCUGGCAUUUGUUCAGGUCUUGCCACUUGUCUGGUUCCCCUCUACUUGUCCGAGGUGGUCACCGCUCAACUCCGAGGUGUCAUGGCUGUAACAUUCCCUCUUGGCAUGUGUCUAGGUCUUUUUAUCUCUCAGAUAAUGGGAAUGGAGAGUGUUUUAGGUACCGAAUAUGGUUGGCCAUAUUUAUUAGGAGGUUACAUAAUUUCUGUGUGUCUGGCUAUCUUUCUUCACCCAUUUCUCCCAGAGUCGCCAACAUAUUGUUACAUUAUAUCACAUGAUGAAACCAGGGGACACAAAGAACUCUCUCGCUUACAUGGAGAUAAUAAAUAUGUGGAAGCUGAGGAGUCAUUGUUAAGAAUGCAUGCCAAAAUUUGUGCCACACCACAAGCAGGCAAAACAUGGACUAUUUCAAGAGUGUUCAAGUUUCAUGGCAACAAAAUGCCAUUAAUAAUUACUAUACUUUUCAAUGCUGGACAGCAGUUUUCUGGCAUUAAUGCUGUGUUUUACUACUCAACACUGAUCUUUCGGAGUGCAGGUCUGAACAUGUACCAGAGUCAAGGUGCUUCAAUAGGCGCUGGGGCUGUCAACUGUUUCAUGGCAAUACUUGCUGUGCCACUUAUCAAAUAUUGUCGGCGUAGAGUGUUACUACUAACUUCUGUGGCAUUGUGUACCUUUUGUCAAAUAGUGCUCAUGGUGGCCCUCAAACUCAUCUCUACCUCUCCAUAUGCACCAUUUGUUGCCAUAGCAGCUCUUCUGUCAUUUGUACUAGUUUAUGGCAUGGGUCUUGGUCCUGUCCCAUUCAUGAUUGCUACUGAAAUGUUUCCGGUGGGCCCACGGUCAAUUGGGAUAUCCCUGGGUGGUACCAGCAACUGGUUUGGUAACCUCGUUGUGGGCCUCACCUUCCCACUGAUUCAAGAGAGCCUCGGAGAAUUGUCAUUCUCCAUAUUAAUUGCUUCCUCUUUCCUACUAUUUAUUUUUAUAUACAAAUGACACAACAUGCGUCUUCUCUCAAGCAAACCCAGCCAUACUGGCCAACACUUAAUACCGAAUUGCAGAAAAGAUCUACCUGGAUGGGACUUGCACAUCAGAGCUUAUUUCUUGGGUAGCAUUGAAAAUUGGGUUGGUCAAAUGUUUGUUAGUGGGAUGAAUUGUAAAGGACCUGCCUAGUAUGGGCCAACAGGCCUGUUGCAGUGUUCCUCCUUUCUUAUGUUCUUAUGACUGAUAAGCUUGCCCUCAGUACUGACAAAACCUAUUUCAUUCAGUUUAGAAACAGAGCUGCAAAUGUUCCACUUAACACUAAGCAGAUAACACAUCACAAGACUCACAGAGGGAAAAUUAAUAGAAAGCCAACUUGACAGUUGCCUCAAAUUCUACAUGCAUAUACAACAAAUUUCCAAGAAAAUCUCUAAGACAGUAGGCAUACUAUCAAAGAUACAGUACAGUACUAUGUUCCACAAUCAGCUCUCCUUGCACUGUAUCAUUCACUCAUCUACCCUUAUCUCACAUAUGGAGUAUGUGCAUGGGGAUCAAUGACAUUAAAUCACCUAGGACCACUAAUAACCUAGCAAAAGGCUGCAGUCAGAAUGAUAACAAAUUCCCACUCCCGACAGCAUACUCCACCAAUAUUCAAAAGUCUAAAACUACUCACCGUAAAGAACAUUCAUACUUAUUCAUGUGCCUACUACAUACAUAGAACACUACACUCAAACAUAAACCCUCCACUCAAACUUCUCCUCACCAACCUUAACAGGACACACGACCAUAACACAAGACACAGAUAUAUUUUUUAUGUAUCCUGAGUUCAUAUUACACUGUGUAAAAACUCUAUGCACAUAAAGGGCCCCAAAAUUUGGAAUUCAUUACCAGUAAAUAAUAAAGUAACUCAGUCUGAACAUCAAUUUAAGACUUCUCAAAAACCACUUACUCACCAUUUAACUUUACCAAAAAAUUUCCCAAUUACCUAAAUCUUAAAACUUCAAAACAUGAUACCCAAAGUUCAUACAUUGAUUAAUACUACAUUGUAGUAAAAAUACCUACCCAAAACAAUACUGCCUUACACCCAAUUGUAGCAUUCUCAUACUGUAAACUACUUUCAACAACUCACAAUUUAUUUAUUUUUUUUUUUUUUAACAAGUCGGCCGUCUCCCACCGAGUCAGGGUGACCCAAAAAGAAAGAAAAUCCCCAAAAAGAAAAUACUUCCAUCAUCAUUUAACACUUUCACCUCACUCACACAUAAUCACUGUUUUUGCAGAGGUGCUCAGAACACAACAGUUUAGAAGCAUAUACGUAUAAAGAGACACAACAUAUCCCUCCAAACGGCUAAUAUCCCGAAACCCCUCCUUUAGAGUGCAGGCAUUGUACUUCCCAUUUCCAGGACUUAAGUCUGGCUAUAUAAAAAUAACCGGUUUCCCUGAAUCCCUUCACUAAAUAUUACCCUGCUUACGCUCCAACAGAUCGUCAGGUCCCAAAUACCAUUCGUCUCCAUUCACUCCUAUUGAACACGCUCAUGCACGCCUGCUGAAAGUCCAAGCCCCUCGCCCACAAAACUUCCCUUACCCCUUCCUUCCAACCUUUUUGAGGACAACCCCUACCCCGCCUUCUUUCCCCUACAGAUUU